GGCCCCCGCCACCGCUAGGGCCGGUUCCCGCAGCUUCGCAGUCCCGGAGCGCGAGCCCCGCGGAGAGGACGAAGACCAGCGCCCGCCGGGACAGAGCGAUGCUGCCGAUGCGGCCGUGCGGGGCGGCGGGGCUAGCGCUGUACGCGCUGCUGGUGGUGCUGGGGGCGAGCGCGGCGCCGGAGGAGAAGCGCGUUUGCCAAGGCACAAGCAACAAGCUCACACAGUUGGGCACCUUUGAAGACCACUUCCUGAGCCUCCAGCGGAUGUUCAACAACUGCGAGGUGGUGCUUGGAAAUCUGGAGAUCACCUACGUGCAGAGGAACUAUGACCUUUCCUUCCUGAAGACCAUUCAGGAGGUGGCCGGCUAUGUGCUCAUUGCCCUCAACACAGCAGAGAGGAUCCCGCUGGAGAGUCUACAGAUCGUGCGUGGGAAUGUGCUCUACGAGAACACCUAUGCCCUGGCGGUGCUGUCCAACUACGGCAGCGCCAACAGCCCCAACAGAACAGGGCUACGGGAACUGCCUCUGCGGAGCCUGCAGGAGGUCCUGCAGGGUGCCGUGCGCUUCAGCAACAACCCCAUGCUCUGCAACGUGGACACCAUCCAGUGGCGGGACAUCGUGGGCAACAACUUCCUGAGCAAUAUGUCGCUGGACCUGCAGAGCCCCCAGCGUAGCUGCCCAAAGUGUGAUCCAAGCUGUCCCAAUGGCAGCUGCUGGGGCCCAGGAGAGGAAAGCUGCCAGAGAUUAACCAAGGUCAUCUGUGCCCAGCAGUGCUCAGGACGCUGCCGAGGCAAAUCCCCCAGUGACUGCUGCCACAACCAGUGUGCUGCCGGCUGCACUGGGCCCCGGGAGAGCGACUGCCUGGUCUGCCGCAAGUUCCGCGAUGAAGCCACCUGCAAGGACACCUGCCCACCACUCAUGCUGUACAACCCCACCACCUACCAGAUGGACGUCAACCCCGAGGGGAAGUACAGCUUUGGUGCCACCUGCGUGAAGAAGUGCCCCCGGAACUACGUGGUAACGGACCACGGCUCCUGUGUCCGGGCCUGUGGGCCCGACAGCUAUGAGGUGGAGGAGGAUGGCGUGCGCAAGUGUAAAAAGUGUGAAGGGCCCUGUCGCAAAGUUUGCAGUGGAAUAGGAAUCGGGGAGUUUAAAGACACACUCUCCAUAAAUGCCACAAACAUCAAGCACUUCAGGAACUGCACGACCAUCAGCGGUGACCUGCACAUCCUCCCUGUGGCGUUUCGGGGGGAUUCCUUCACUCGCACGCAGCCCCUGGACCCCAAGGAGCUGGACACCCUGAAGACGGUGAAGGAGAUUACAGGGUUCUUGCUGAUUCAGGCUUGGCCUGAGAACAGGACCGACCUCCAUGCAUUUGAGAACCUGGAAAUCAUCCGCGGCCGGACAAAGCAGCACGGUCAGUUUUCUCUCGCUGUGGUUGGCCUGAACCUGACGUCCCUGGGUCUGCGCUCCCUGAGAGAGCUCAGCGAUGGAGACGUGAUCAUCUCAGGAAACCGGCAUCUGUGCUACGCCAGCACCAUUAACUGGAGAAAGCUGUUCGGGACCGCCAGUCAAAAGACCAAAAUUAUAAACAACAGAAGUGAAAGGGACUGCAGGGCCGAGGGCCAUGUCUGCCACCCACUGUGCUCAUCUGAAGGCUGCUGGGGCCCUGAGCCCCGGGACUGCGUCUCCUGCCAGAACGUGAGCCGGGGCAGAGAGUGUGUGGCCAAGUGCAACAUCCUCGAGGGGGAGCCCAGGGAGUUCGUGGAGAAUUCCGAGUGCAUCCAGUGUCACCCAGAGUGCCUGCCCCAGUCGAUGAAUGUGACCUGCACCGGCCGGGGUCCUGACAGCUGUGUCCAGUGUGCUCACUAUACUGACGGCCCCCACUGUGUCAAGACCUGCCCUGCUGGGAUCAUGGGGGAGAACAACACACUGGUGUGGAAGUACGCGGAUGCCAGCCGGGUGUGCCACCUGUGCCACCCCAACUGCACCUACGGAUGUGCCGGGCCAGGUCUGGAAGGCUGUGGUGUACCAGACGGGCCCAAGAUCCCCUCCAUCGCCACAGGGAUUGUGGGUGGCCUCCUGCUGCUGGUGGUGCUGGGCCUGGGCAUUGGCCUCUUCAUGCGGCGGCGUCACAUCGUCCGGAAGCGCACGCUUCGCCGGCUGCUGCAGGAACGAGAGCUAGUAGAGCCCCUAACGCCCAGCGGAGAAGCCCCCAACCAGGCUCUCCUGAGGAUCCUAAAGGAGACAGAAUUCAAGAAGAUCAAGGUUCUGGGCUCCGGAGCGUUUGGCACGGUCUACAAGGGACUCUGGAUCCCAGAAGGGGAGAAAGUGAAGAUCCCUGUGGCCAUCAAGGAGCUGAGAGAAGCCACGUCUCCCAAAGCCAACAAGGAGAUCCUGGAUGAAGCCUACGUGAUGGCCAGCGUGGACAACCCUCACGUGUGCCGCCUGCUGGGCAUCUGCCUGACCUCCACCGUGCAGCUCGUCACGCAGCUCAUGCCCUUCGGCUGCCUGCUGGAGUAUGUGCGUGAGCACAGGGACAACAUCGGGUCCCAGCACCUGCUCAACUGGUGUGUGCAGAUUGCCAAGGGCAUGAACUACCUGGAGGACCGGCGCCUCGUGCACCGAGACCUGGCAGCCAGGAACGUCCUGGUAAAGACGCCACAGCACGUCAAGAUCACGGACUUCGGGCUGGCCAAGCUGCUGGGCGCAGAGGAGAAGGAGUACCACGCCGAGGGGGGCAAGGUGCCCAUCAAGUGGAUGGCUUUGGAAUCAAUUUUACACCGGAUUUACACCCACCAGAGUGAUGUCUGGAGCUACGGAGUCACUGUGUGGGAGCUGAUGACUUUUGGGUCCAAGCCGUAUGAUGGGAUCCCUGCCAGCGAGAUCUCAUCCAUCCUAGAGAAAGGAGAGCGCCUGCCGCAGCCACCCAUCUGCACCAUCGAUGUCUACAUGAUCAUGGUCAAGUGCUGGAUGAUAGAUGCAGACAGCCGCCCAAAGUUCCGAGAGCUGAUUGUGGAGUUCUCCAAAAUGGCCCGAGACCCCCAGCGCUACCUUGUCAUUCAGGGGGAUGAGCGGAUGCACUUGCCGAGCCCCACAGACUCCAAUUUCUACCGUGCCCUGAUGGACGAGGAGGACAUGGAGGACGUCGUGGAUGCCGACGAGUACCUCAUUCCACAGCAGGGCUUCUUCAGCAGCCCGUCCACCUCCCGGACUCCCCUCCUGAGCUCUCUGAGUGCGAACAGCAACAACUCCACUGGAGCUUGCGUGCCUAGAAAUGGGAGCUGCCCUGUCAGGGGUGACGGCUUCCUACAGCGCUACAGCUCAGACCCCACUGGCGCCCUGGCCGAGGACAGCCUGGAUGACGCCUUCCUUCCUGCACCCGAAUACAUAAACCAGUCCUUCCCCCAAAGACCUGCAGGCUCCGUGCAGAACCCCAUCUAUCACAAUCAGCCCCUGCACGCCACUCCCAGCCAAGACCCCCACUACCAGAACCCCCACAGCCAUGCUGUGGGCAACCCCGAGUAUCUCAACACCUCGCGGCCAGCCGGUGUCAGCAGCACCUGUGACGGCCCCACCCCCUGGACCCAGAAGGGCAACCAUCAAAUAAGCCUGGACAACCCGGACUACCAGCAGGACUUCUUUCCCAAGGAAGCCAAGCCCAACGGCAUCUUUAAGGGGCCCACGGCUGCAAAUGCAGAAUACCUGCGGGUGGCCCCACCAAGCAGGGAGUUCAUCGGAGCGUGAUGGUGGAGUGCAGCCACUCCAAGGGUCAGCCUCUUCAGUCAUCCAGGACCAAGCCUCGAAGCUGCUCCACCUGGCCAUGCCCUGCCCAGCGAAGAUGUGGACCGGAGUGGUUCAUAAGCAGCUGUCCCUGCCUGUCAGCCAGAAGUCCUCCACCUCAGAUGGGCUGAGGAGGCUGCAGGUACAUUCCUCUGACUCCAAACUGUGAAGUUUCCACAAAAUGCACUGGGCAAGAGUGCUGGCAUUUGAGCGGCAGUUUACCUUUUGGUGAGGUACAUUAGAAAAAGAAUAAAGAUACAUAGGAGUGUGACCCGUUGGGGGUCUUUGGGAUUUCUGGAUGCCGUGCCUGGUUUUGAGUUGAUGGGCCCAAGGAGGAAGCCCCUGCACCUGCUGCGCUGAGGCCAGCCAGGCCAGCUGUGACCAGGGAGCCUGGGCCUCAAGCCUUCCAGCCACCACUGUAUUCCACUUUUGGAACCAAGGAGGCCAGGUUACCAGGGAGCCCUGCAUGUCCUUGGCAGGUUUGCUUGGCGCUGACUCAAAUUAUGGCAGGUACCUGGGACGAGCCACCUGGUUCCUUCGUGGGAGAAGAGGCCGAAGGAAGGGUUAGAAUGCGCCGUCAGACUCACACUUGCACGAACGUCACCCUGGUACGACCCCAUCAGCGCACAGUGUUUCCUGACUAUGAGUAUUAGCCGUGUCUGUUUCCCAUUCUGUUGUUUUGUAACUCCUGCACUUUCCCUGUCUUGGUGCCACGAAGUCGGCAGACGCAGACGGUACACCCACGAAUAGCUCAGAUUCUGUAUUUGGUCCACUAAUGUUCAGACCAAUCAUCUAUAAUUAAGACAAAGAAAUUGCAAGAGUUCACCCAAGAAACAAGAGUCAGAUUUCUUUCUUAUUUUUGGCAGUACCAGGACCUGAAUCUGGCACUCUCGCCACGCUGCAUCCCCAGCACCAUUUUAUUUUUCAAUUUGAGAUAGCGUCUUGAGAAGAGCCCCAGCUGGGCUGGAACCUGCAGUUCUCCUGCCUCAGCUUCCCAGAGUGCUGGGAUUACAGGUGUGCACCAGAGCAGCCAAAUUUGAGUCUCAGAUGAAAUGUUCAAGUCCUUUGGGUGAAUUUCAUGAGAUUACAAAACCCUGCUCUGAAAACUCACUUUGCCUACACCCUUCUCCAAGCACAAAGUUCUAGGCCACUCACGGAGACAAUCUUUUCAUUCUUCCUUAAAAUAUUUGCUGGAAGGAUGCGCAUCCUCCUCGGCAGCUGCCCCAGGUGCCCUCUGUCUGUGCACUUGGUGAGAAAGCGUCAAUGUCUAAGGCACCAGGCAAGAGCUGACAGCCUUGGUGGGUGCACCACACCAAUGUCCAACAGGCAGUGUGAGGAAGCUAGACUUGAAAUGGACAACAGUAUUUUCACGCAACGAUGGGAGCUUGAAGGGGGCAGUCCUUCUAGAAGAAUUUCCCUACAAUUGGAGGAUCCACUAGUUAAGUUUUUCACACUUAGUCAACAUCUACCCCUUCUACUUUAGCAGGGAAAAAUCCCUAACUGUAAGAAAUUCAUGAGGUAACAAGGAAAAUGGGUUAAUAGCUACUAACUGUAGAACACGCAGACGGCCGCGACCCUGAGAGACACAGCAGGCAGGGUGUGUUCUGCCUGUGGAGCGGGCCUGCAGAGGAGUAGGGCCUCACGGCUGAGUGUGACCCCAGCAGCAGGGAGCCUGGCCCUGUGGGACAAGACUGCCCUGAGCCCCUGAGCCCGCGGGCCGCCCCCUGUGGGAUACAGCUCAGCUCUCAUCCUGAACAGUGAGGACGGAACACUGUUUCUCAAAUCUGAGACUUCAAAGCCCCGUCUCUAUGGAUUCACCACUGAAGGUAAUGAACGAGUCUGCACAGGGUUAGGAAGUGAAGGACUCGAGGUCUUCUCUCUUACUCCCAAGAGGCACUAAGGAGGGAGAGUUAGGCUCGAGCCAGCCCCGUUGUGGCCAUGAAGCCCUAGUAUUUUUGUACUUUGAAAUGCUCUCCUAUAACACAAUAAAAUAGUCAAGACUGCUCAAGCUUGCUUUUCCUCUCCGUUAUAUUUCAGUCUUCCUGCACAAAGCUUUGUUGCUAUUAAUCUUGAGAUUGUAUUUUCCCACCCUCCCCUCUGCCUGUCCGGAGGCAUGGCCAAGGGGCUGUGCAGCCUGAAGCUCCUCCAGGGGCCAGGACCACUGUGCUUGCCUGUCACAGCCCUGACUCUGCCCUGCCACCCUUCCUCAGAAACAGCAGUGCCUGCGGCCGUCGAGAGCACCCAUCUGUCAUCUGUUCCCGCGUCAGUUCCCUGCUGCUGGGGUCGCAUCCUGCCUCGGGACUGCUCUCCGGGAGCACAGUUGGGAGUGAGCAUUUUUGCUGGACUAAGCCUCACAUAACUAAGCAGUCUCUAUCAUUCUGCUCCCCGCAAAA